AUGGGUAAGGAUCAGCAGCGUCAGUUGGUGCUGUUCCUCGGCGUGAUCUGCGACGGUAACAUUCUCGUCUCGUACUCGUCGCAGCAGGAAUGGGAGCCGCUCGUGCGCGAUUCCGUUCAAGAGCUUCCUCCUUACCUCAGCAGAUAUUCCGCGGGCCAGGGGGGUAUUAUGGCCCUCUACUCCGCCUUCCCGUUCCCCCCCGCGGAGCUCAACGUCCCGCCCGGAUACCCCUCCUCCUCCUCCUCCCCCUCCUCCCCCUUCCCCUCCUCCUCCUCCAUGCACCCUGCUCCAAGGCUCACGUACGCCCUUAUCGCGUACGAGUCCGCGUCUCUUCCGCGGCCCAAGGCGUACGCGCUACUAGCGCGCGUCCACGAGGGAUUUGUAUCGCACGCGGUCGCGGCAGGUGCGGGCACCAGCUCUCCCACCCGCACUGGCAUCCCACAAAUCACCUCCACCAUGACCUCUCGCCUGCAGUCCUUUCUCAAAUCGCUCGCCCAGGGCGCCCGGGGUAGCCGCACAAGCCAGGAACUCUCUAUCUACCCUCUCGCCCCGCACGCGUUUCGGGUGAAGGCCCCUGGGGAGGACGCGGAAGCAGAGGCGGCGAAGGGAGCGCGUGAUAAGGCGGAGGCCGCGCGCAUGGACGAGAUAAAGAACCUUCUGGAUCAGGAGUUGGAGAUGGUGAACUGUAUUGUGCAGGAGCAGGAGGCGCAGGAGCAGGCGAGGAGGAUCUCUUUAGAGUCGAGUCAGGAGGAGGCAGCGCGUGUGGAUGAGAUAAAUAAGCUGCUUGAUCAGGAGUUAAAGAUGGUUGACUGUAUUGUGCGAGAGCAGGAGGCGCAGGAGCAGGCGAGGAUGAAGGAGCACGAGGCGCAAGGGAGCGUGCGCAGCGCGGGAGCUGUGCAGAGAGGUGUGCAGAGUGGCGCUGCGGGGUGGACAGACUUGGGAGCGUCGUCAGUCCCAGCAGGAUCAGGGCAGUCACCUGAGCGUUCCGUGCAAGGUCACUGGGAGCCAGUGGCAGGCCUGUCACCUCCUCCUGGUCGUAGGAUAUCACAACCUGCUGCUGCUGCUGCUGCUGCUGCUGCUGCUGCUGCUGCUGCUGCUGCUGGCACCUCGCCCAUGGCACAGCCUGCAUACGUGCGGUUUCCUGGCAGUGGGUCACACCCUGGUGGGCUAUCGCUUGACGAGCUAGGUCGUGGGCCUGACGUCCAUGCCCGCAUGCUCACGCCUGCUGCUGCUGGUGCUGCUGCCGGUGCUGCCGGUGCUGCCGGUGCUGCUGCUGCCGGUGCUGCUGCUGCUGCUGCUGCUGGUGCUGAUAAGCAGGGCUGGGAGGGGAGGCCAAUGGUGGUUCCGCGGUCACUGACUGACCCGCCACAGAAAGGGAACACUCGCAGCACUGCUGCUGUCCCGGGAGACGUGUCGCCAUGGCACAUUCCUCCUCCCUAUAGUAGGGAACUCUCCUUUGCACCUGCUCUCCUCGUACCACCACCAUCAGCAGCAGCAGCAGGAGGAGGAGCAGCAGCAGCAGCAGCAGGAGGAGCAGGAGCAGCAGCAGGAGCAGGAGCAGAAGGCAUGCGGCCAGGCAGGGCGCAUGGCACGGGUAGUGUGGUGGGUGAUCCUAGUCCCACAGUUGAACGUGAGCAACACCCUGGGCCACCACCUGAGGGCCGUUACCCGCCCUCUGUUGCCCUCACCUGA